GGUCCCUCUUCCUGUGUCGUACGGCUCCUGCGGCGGAUGUUGAUGUUUUGUUUCGGAGCUCGCCGAACGAUGUGAGCCGUUUCGUCUCCGGGUCUGCUUGGUUUUUCUGUGGUCGUCUUCCCGGUUCCCUCCGUGCUUUUUUCUCGGUAAGGUUUCGCUGUCGGUCGGCAUCGUGUCGCUCCCGGUGUCUCUCCCGGGAAGCGCGAGGCCGAGUCGUGCGAUGAUGGAGGACUUUGAUGAGAUCUACGAAGAGGAGGAGGAGGAAGAGGAGGACGAGGACAGGGCCGCGGAGGAGCAGCUCCUCAAGUACGCUCCGGACCCGGUGGUGGUGCGAGGGUCCGGCCACGUCACUGUGUUUGGGCUUAGUAAUAAAUUCGAGUCAGAAUUUCCUUCAGCACUUACAGGAAAGGUGGCACCAGAGGAAUUCAAAGCCAGUAUCAACCGCGUAAACAGCUGCCUGAGGAAGACACUCCCAGUGAAUGUGCGGUGGCUCCUGUGUGGCUGCCUCUGCUGCUGUUGUACAUUGGGCUUCAGUUUGUGGCCUGUGAUCUGCCUCAGCAAGAGGACGAGACGAUCUAUAGAGAAACUUUUGGAGUGGGAGAACAGCAGACUUUACCACAAGUUAUGUUUGCAUUGGAGGCUAAGCAAAAGGAAGUGUGAAACCAACAACAUGAUGGAAUAUGUAAUCCUAAUAGAAUUCCUACCUAAGAUCCCCAUCUUCAGACCGGACUAGCCCGACUGCAGCUGAUUUUGAACCUCCACUGCUUCCCAGCUCUGUCACAGAAUCACAAUGGCUGUAAAGCUCCUGAAAAACUUCCCUUCUUGAAAUACUCCAGUAUUUGUGUUUACAUUGAUCCUCCCUUUUUUCUCUGUGACCCGUUCCCCCACACAUGACCUUAUCUACAGCCUUGUUUACAAAUCCAGCAGCCCCACACAUGUUUUCGGAGUAAAUUCACCUUUGAACCGUCGGGCAAACUGGCGCGUUGUCAUGCCCCUGCAAACUGCUGCCAGCCUAUACGAUGUCAGAGAAGAAGCAGCCAUGAGCAGUGUUAUGGAUUUAGGAACUAGAGCUGGAGACUGGACUCUUGAAUUGAGGUCCGUGAGCCACAACUGGAAUUUUGUCACUUUUUGUGUUCCCUAACCGAAGCACAUGGCACAGUCGGACCAUGAUAACACAAACACUUUCAUAUGCCACACCGCCAACUUCACUUGCAAAAAAUACACCCCAGUGCUUUUGUAAGAGUUGGUUUGGUGCUCCAGAUCCUUACUAAAGGCCGCGGAGGCAACAUAACAUGGAACUCCAAAGGAGCCUUCAUCCAAAUCAACCCUGUAGCGGACAUACUAGUCUCACAGGAACAUGUGAGGCUGGUGGCCGGAACAGCUGAACUCGAUAAUGUCACUCUUCAAGUACCGGGCAUCCUCUCGCCUCCUCUCAUGUCUCUGCACACUUCACUGUGCAUCACCCUAACCCAGUGACAAUCACACACUCUGACUGUACUGUCCAUAGUAUGAAUGGGUCUUUGUGCUACACACUUUCCUGGAGCAUGUUGUCUUCAGCACGAUGUGUGUCCAGGUGAUGGCUGGCUGCCUAGCAACUGCUUCUGAGUUGCAGCAGAUCAAGUUAAUUGUAAAGACGGCCACUGGUAAUGAAGAGAGAACAUAUUUUUUCUUCUCCUUUUUUUUUUUUUUUUUAGAGUCUUAAGGUUUGUUUACUGUUAUGUUGAAAGAGAGGCAGUCGAUGCUUGUAAAACUGUUAUGUAUGUGUGUGUGUGUGUGUGUGUCAGAGAAACAAGCAAAAAAACAGACAAAUCAGACAUGAAGAGAUACUCUUUACUCUGUAAAGCAGGGUUCUUUCUUUGAAAUAUUUCUUUGCCAUAACCUAUCUUUUUUUGUUGUAGUAAUUUAUAAGCGUGCGAGUGUGCAUAUAAUGUGUGCAUUCAUGAAACAGGCCUCUUCAUUUUUGCAAAGGAAUGCCAUGGUUUCUCUUUUCUCUACGGUCACGUGUUGACACUAAAGCACACAAUCGCUUUGUCCUUAACACCUUUACAUGGCCUCUCGCUUAUCUACUGACCUUGGCUCACUCACAGGAGUGUUCAAGUUGAGGAUGCGGACGUACAUCAGAAAGUUCCUCUGUUUUAGAUACAUCCUUUUUCAUUACAUUCUAAGGUUUAGGGUGAACAAGAGGCUUAGGCCCUCUUUUCUGGGUGAUACCAGGGUUCUGUCAUGAAGCAGGAUUACAAAAUGUUAGCUGUGCAGUGUGGAAAGAGGUCACCUGUAUGAGCAUUAACAUCCGAGCUUUACUGUCUUUCAGCUCAUUCUUCUGGCUUUCUGUCCGACACACAUAUGGACCGUUUCAACUGCAUGUGUCACUCAGAGGGAGAAAACUAUCAUCACAUCUCUUAAUUCUGAAAAUCCAAUACUGUUCACACUGACGCCAUCACAGGAAGCAUACUUUGGUUCCAUCACUUUUUUACCACCUUUUUUGGUGAAUACCUUCACAGGCGGUGCUGAAGUGUGUAGAACAGGAUCAGAAUUGAGUGUAGAUUCAAUGCCAGGUCGCUGAUGUCACACCACUUGAGACGCAAGGUGCAAUUUGUGAUUGGCUGUUCACCGUUUUAUCCCCAUCAAGGGCUGUUGAAGUUUGACCUCAUUUUCAAAGACGAUAAAUCCAAUGUUUUGAUGCAACACACAUCCAAUCGCACCAGUCUCGUUUGAAGUAUAUUUGCCUGCUAUUAUAAAUGACACAUCCAAUGGGAACAGGUCUUGACGGUGUAGGUUUUGAUGUCGCGGUUCUCAGUCAUUUGAUUUGCAGCAGCAGCAUUCAGAGAAAAAGCUCUGAUGAACCACUGUAGGCUACAUGCUGAGCCCUGAACAGCAGACAGUUAGAAACUUAGUAGUAAACAUACUGGUGCGUUUAGCCUCUAAUGUUGGAGAUAUUUCCAUCAGAAGCUAGUGGAUAACUGAAAUUAACCUAAGAGGAGAGUGAAUGUUGUUUGCAAUAGCAAGGAGGUGAUGACAUGUACAUUAAUGAGGGUUUAAGUGGAAAAAAAGUGGAGGUCUGGGCACAGUUCACUGAUCUAGCUAGCAGUCCUGCUUCAUGAUAAAGGUGACUAUUUUUACAAAUGUGUUAUAGAUCACAAUAUGAAGCACAUCUAAUUUUUAAUGAAUAUAUUCAACAUUUUCGCCAGUAGGAGAAAAGAAAAGGCCUUUUUGAGUCCAGUAAAUAUUUAGCUUUCCCCUCUCUGCUCACCUUUGUUAAAACAUCAAGAUACAGAUACUGAGAUUAUAUCAAGAAUUUGACACUUAGUUUUCGGUCGCUCAGCUCUGGUGAAUGUAUGGGUCACACUCAGGGGAUUAUAGUAGAUAAACAACAAAAUGUAGCAUUGCAAAAUCUCUCUGUCAGGUAUGUUCCAAAGUCACACCAGGGUGUCAAGUACAGUAUACAGGUCACACAUUACUUGAAUAAUUGUUAAACAAUGCAUUUGGAGUUUGUUUUGAAAUUGAAAAAGAUCCCUGAGAAAAAGAUAACUAACGUCUCUUUGGUCUUCCUCUUCAGAUAGCAAAGGAAGCACAUGCACCACGGACCCACAAAGACAGGCGUAGUGUUAGUUUAUAUGUUAAAAGACAUAAGUUCGCUUGAUUACCGCUGGUUUGCCUAUCAGUUCAUCAUCACUUUUCUACAUCUUUGAUUGUGAUCUGUUCUGUGUAAAUCAAGGCGUAAGGCCAUAUGCAUAUAUUUGUGGUGUGUGUGUGCAUAUAUGUGUAUGUGCACGGUGUAUGCAGAUGCAAAUGUUCUUCAUAGAUCUGACUGUGAUUGAAUCCUGCACAGAAAAAUGAGUCCUUUUUAUAUAACCUUGAGUGUUCUGUGUGUGUGUGUGUACGUGUGCGUGAGGGAGAGAAGGAUAUAUGUACAUGACUCAUGAACAGAUGUAUGUACAGUAAUAAACUACCAAUAAACAAGGCUAUGGGCAUCCUCCGCUUCAA